AUGUCUCUGGUAUUUAACAAUGCUUCGCUAGUAAACCUAGUGCAUGCAGACACAUAUUCACAUACUUUACAAAAUAUCUAUCAAUAUCAACCUCAACUAAAUGUCAUGGAAAAAUAUUGGGCAGCAUGGUACACUUAUAUGAAUAAUGAUAUUUUGGCUACCGGUUUAAUGUUCUUUUUAUUACAUGAAUUCAUGUAUUUUACCAGAUGUUUACCUUGGUUCAUUAUUGAUCAGAUCCCAUAUUUUAGAAGAUGGAAAUUACAACCAACAAAGAUUCCAAGCACUAAAGAACAAUUAUACUGUUUGAAAUCAGUCCUUUUAUCUCAUUUCUUAGUGGAAGCUAUUCCAAUCUGGACUUUCCAUCCAAUGUGCCAAAAAUUGGGUAUUAACAUCGAAGUCCCAUUCCCAACAAUAAAGAGAAUGUCUGCUGAAAUCUGUCUAUUCUUUGUUCUCGAAGAUAUGUGGCAUUACUGGGCUCAUCGUCUAUUCCACUACGGUGUCUUCUACAAAUAUAUUCACAAGCAACAUCAUAGAUAUGCUGCACCAUUUGGUCUAUCUGCUGAAUACGCUCAUCCAGUGGAAACCAUGUCAUUGGGGUUCGGGACAGUCGGUAUGCCAAUCUUUUAUGUCCUAUAUACAGGUAACUUGCAUCUUUUCACUUUAUGUGUUUGGAUCACUUUAAGAUUAUUCCAAGCUGUCGAUUCGCAUUCAGGUUAUGAUUUCCCUUGGUCUUUGAAUAAAUUUAUGCCAUUCUGGGCAGGUGCCGAACAUCAUGACUUGCACCAUCAUUACUUCAUUGGUAAUUACGCUUCUUCCUUCAGAUGGUGGGAUUAUUCUUUGGAUACAGAAGCUGGUCCUGAGGCUAAGUUGGCUAGAGAAGAAAGAAUGAAGAGAAAAGCUGAAGCUGGUGCAAAGAAGAGAGCUUAG